UGUCGUGUGUGUCCCGACAACAACCGGGAGUUCCCAACCGUCCUCAUCGUCCUCAUCGGCGGCCAUCUGGUGGUGGUUGCGUGUUGCCGAGUGCGCCCGUUGCGCUUUUAAUUACCACGCGACCCACGAGCGGCCACGAACCGUCAAUAUAAAGGUGCGCGAUUUCUAUGCCGGAGUUUGACGAUCAAAUUGAUUGACCACCACCAAGGGGAAGUGGAGGUGAGGGUUGGACCAGGAUGUGCCGCAGCAGCGCGAAAGUUAGUGUUAGUAUUUCGCUCUCCUAAAACAAAACCCCCUCGCGAGUCGGCAAUGGAUCAUCAGCAACACCGCCAUCAUCAGCGCCACGAUUGCCUCGGUGUUUAUGGUUAUUGGAUUCGAAUGAUGUGAUAAACGACACCCCGCCCGCCCGCUCCCUAGCCCCCUAGCCUUGCGAUAAUACCGCCAGGAUAGUAUCGAAGAAGGGGAAAGUCGUGUGACCGCGUGUGUGUCGGUGUUCAGUGUCAAUCACACAGGUUGUUGUAGUCCCCCAAAUGGUUGUCGUUGCUGUUGCUGGCCAUGAAAUGUGGAUUCCGUUGUUGCUUCUACCGUGGUUGUGGCUUUCGUUUGUGCCAGGUCCUCACGUUGCUCACGCCAUUAAGCUGACGGGUCUGAGGGUCCCAAAGUACGCCAUCCUGGGCCAAUCCGUGCGGCUCGAGUGUCCGUACGAGAUGGAGGGCGAUGAGCUGUACUCGGUCCGGUGGUACAAGGAUGGUAACGAGUUCUAUCGCUUCGUGCCCCGGGAUAAACCGGAAAUGCAAGUCUUUCCCCAGCGCGGAGUGUCCGUGAAUGUGCACAACUCCUCCAACAAUCACGUUACGCUCGAAACCGUCAAGCUGUCGACGAGUGGCAAGUACCUUUGUGAAGUGUCCGCCGAGGCGCCCGACUUUCAGACCGUCUCGCAGCACGGCGAAAUGGUGGUCGUAGUUCUGCCCGAUGAGGACCCCAUCAUAACGGGGGGUAAGGCUCGGUACCAGAUCAACGAUUAUGUGCGUGUAAACUGUACGUCCGGUAGAGCGCGGCCAGCGGCCCAACUCGCCUGGUACAUCAACAGUGAGCUCGUCGAUCCGGCGCUCCUGCGACGGUAUCCAACGAUCGUCUCCUUUCCGGAUCAACUGGAAACGUCCAUCCUGGGGCUGGAGUUUCGCGUCAAACAGAAACACUUUCGCCGGGGCGACAUGAAGUUAAAGUGCCUCGCCACCAUCCACAACGUGUACUGGAAGAGCAACGAGGAGAGCGUGGAGAACGACAAACCCCAGAAAGCGCCCAUACUUGAGUCACGCAAAUCGGGCCUCUCGUCGUCGUCGUCGUCGUCCUCGUCGUCGGUUACUCGUGCAGAUCGUGUUCACGCCGGUAAUGGUGCCACCGGGGUCCACCAGGACCUUGAUCGCAUCCUGCUGCUCCUGUGCGCCCUCUUCAGCUUGGUGUUAGUGACCUCGCGCCAUCGGUAACUGGACGGAAGGAAGCGAAGGAAGAUGGGGAUACCAAUGGAACCCGAUGUGAGGUUUAGUGAAUUUAAUCGACAAGAAAACAGGGUGGCCUCUUCCUGGAGCCCAUAAGGCGAAGGCGACACACACACACAUAUCUGGUGCAACAACGGACAACUGAAAGUUAGUUUCGUUCCUUCGGCAGAAUGCGGAAUUCGUGUAAAUAAGAGAGAGGAGAUGUGGUUUGUGUAUAUUUUUAGUCCAUAUUUAGUGGAGUGCGAAUGGGGGAGAAUUGUAUAAUUUUAAAAGAAAACCAAACAACGAGUAUGUAUACUCGCCUCGCAUAAGGAAUACGUAAGCUCCGUUCGGAAUGCCAUGAAUGGUCCGGUGGAUCUGGAGUCUCAUAGGAGCGAAGUAGGGAAAAGGAAUAUCUCUGGUUGUGUGUAUCGUCUCUGGUCGUGAGUCUGUGUAAUUUGACUGAGCAUGAGAAGGGGCCUCCCCCGCUCCCCCUUGGACUUGAUGCGAUCCUUGCCAUCCCAAUGCCAAAAACAGAACAGAAUGCCGCAGAAUUGUAAGACUCUAUUUACGCGCAUAGGUUUAGUAGCAGCCCGCCCGCCAUGGCCACUCAGCAAAGCGGAAUUGAUGGAAACAAAAUAAAGUGUUCUUGUAAAGCGAUCCUCGUGGAUCCUGGACUCGACUGUUGAGCGUCGUUAAUGACAAGACUUUAUCCCGUUUUUUGAUCGACCGUUCGUCUUCAAUGUUUAAUUCGUAGAUUUUGUAAGACAAAACACACACACACACACUUACACCGCACGCACGCCGCACACACAUCGCACAAUGCGCUGGCAGGCCUUCUGAGAUGAGCCGAGUUCAAAUUAUACAAUACAUAAUGGCACUGAAAUAGUUACUACUA